GGUAAGGCAGGAGGCGCGCGGGUGUCGGGGAGCCUGGGGGUCGGAGAAGCUCCGGGGCCUCGUGGAGAGUCCUUGGAGAGGAGUAUCCCAGUGUCAGGUCCCGUUCUGUCCUGUCGCUGCCGUCCCCAGAUUCCCAUUUGUGUGCAUAGUUCCCGGUUAACAUAGAAAUGCAGAGUGUCUUGGCUGAAUCCUCACGCAGACAAGAUCAUUAUGGUCCUGCAGAAACUCUGGACCUGUUAAGCAAUAGCUCGCAUUCUCACCUCACCACAACCCCUGGUUGAAAAAGCGAUACAUUAGUUAAAGGAAACAAAGUGGAAAGCCCAGAAGGAAAAGAAAAUAUUGUUCUUCUGAUUGAUCUACAUGACCAGCCUGGCUGCUGCAAAGGAAGAACCCACCAAAGGGAGUGACUGAAGACAAGCCACUGCAGGUGUGUUAGCAGCUCUGCUUCUGUAACAAAAGACGCACUACAUCUCGGAAGAGAAUGGCCCUUUCCCAAGGAGCGGCCUUCUUCAUGCUGGUAGCGUCCUGUGUUUGCAGCACUGUCUUCCACAGAGAGCAGCAGACUUGGUUUGAGGGCGUCUUCCUGUCUUCCAUGUGCCCUGUCAACGUCAGCGCCGGCACCUUGUAUGGAAUUAUGUUUGAUGCAGGGAGCACUGGGACGCGAAUUCACGUUUACACCUUUGUGCAGAAAAUACCAGGACAGCUUCCAGUUCUGGAAGGGGAAAUUUUUGAUUCUGUGAAGCCAGGACUUUCUGCUUUUGUAGAUCAACCUAAGCAGGGCGCUGAGACUGUUCAAGAACUCUUAGAGGUGGCCCAAGACUCAAUCCCUCCAAGUCACUGGAAGAGAACGCCAGUGGUGCUGAAGGCAACAGCGGGGCUGCGCUUGCUGCCAGAAGAGAAGGCCGAGGCGCUGCUCUUUGAGGUAAAAGAGAUCUUCAAGAAAUCACCUUUCCUGGUACCAGAUGACAGUGUUAGCAUCAUGGAUGGAUCCUAUGAAGGCAUAUUAGCUUGGGUUACUGUGAAUUUUCUGACAGGUCAGCUGCACGGCCACAACCAGGAGACUGUGGGGACCCUGGACCUGGGAGGGGCCUCCACCCAAAUCACGUUCCUGCCUCAGUUCGAGAAAACCCUGGAACAAACCCCUAGGGACUACCUCACUUCCUUUGAGAUGUUUAACAGCACUUAUAAGCUCUAUACACAUAGUUACUUGGGAUUUGGAUUGAAAGCUGCAAGACUAGCAACCCUGGGAGCCCUGGAGACGGCAGGAAUUGAUGGACAUACUUUCCGAAGUGCCUGUCUGCCGAGAUGGUUGGAAGCAGAGUGGAUCUUUGGGGGCGUGAAAUACCAGUACGGUGGCAAUCAAGAAGCAGGAGAGGUGGGCUUUGAGCCCUGCUAUGCCGAAGUGCUGAGGGUGGUGCAAGGAAAACUUCAUCAACCAGAUGAGGUCCAGAGAGGCUCCUUCUACGCUUUCUCUUACUACUAUGACCGAGCCGUGGACACAGACAUGAUUGAUUAUGAAAAAGGGGGUGUUUUAAAAGUUGAAGAUUUUGAGAGAAAAGCAAGGGAAGUGUGUGAUAACCUGGAAAACUUCACCUCAGGCAGUCCCUUCCUGUGCAUGGAUCUCAGUUACAUCACAGCCUUGCUGAAGGACGGCUUUGGCUUUGCAAGCAGCACCGUCUUACAGCUCACGAAGAAAGUGAACAACAUCGAGACCGGCUGGGCCUUGGGGGCCACCUUUCACCUGCUGCAGUCUCUGGGCAUCUCCCACUAAGGCCACGCCAUUCUUCUGAGGCCUGCAUUUGCCAAUAUUUUUAAAGGGAGAACGAGAGAGGAGAGGAUUCUGUUGUGUUCUGAGCUAGUCUGGGGGCCACCUGGACUGAAGCCCAGCAGCUGGUUUCACCAAGAGGAAGGGGCUUUUGUAGACAGAUCUUGCCCUUGGGUCUCGAGAUUGGGGUUUAAUUAAUUUUAAUUAAUCAAUUGUGAACUGUUUCCUAACCACUCUUCAUGCACAGCUGGUACCAGAAUCUAAAUCUUUGAGGUUUCUUGUGUAUCAGAGAGCCAAAAGUAACAGCUUUGGAAUUUAAUCUUAGGGAACCCAGGGAUGGAACCGUGGCAACCAAAGAAAAAUCUCAUUUCAGCCCUUUUAGUGCCUCAUCCCUUUGAACAUUUUAAUUAUCCUCUUAGAUGUUAAACUGAUGACAGUCCCAUGACCUUUUGACACCGGUGUUUUUCCUACACUUUGCCCUGUCCCACCUUUACUUACACUCACCUGCCCUUACAGAAAAAGGUUUUGCCUUCCAUGUGUAAUUCAGAGAAAAACACCAUAUCUGAAGUUACACGAUCCCACUUUGUGUUAGCGCCAACUCAGCCAGCUGAGAGCAGCCGUUCUAAAUCUCAGCAGGAUGGAGAGCAACUCCUCAUUGGCCAGAAGUGGGACAUCCAGUUAAGAGGACACGUUUUGGGAGGAUGUGUCUGCCUUGUACAGACCACCUUUUAAUCAACUUUUUAUCAGUCAACCCUCGGAUUAAUGAACAUAUCCAAUCGUAUAUAAGGAGUAUGUGUGUGUUUCCUGUGCAAAUACCUCCUCCUCCCCUUGUCUUUAUAUUGUCAUCCUAAAUUUGAUUUCUUUGUAUUUCUAAUACAGCUAUACCCUGGUUUCUGGUAAGAGGCCUGUGGGUGUGCUUUCCAAGGACCUAGAUUUUGUAAUAGCCCCUUUCAGCUUGCACUUUUAGUCUUCAUAGCAGUGUCUCUUUCUGCCCUGCCCCCUAAUCAUUUCAGCUAGCAUCCUCUACAUAGCUGUCUAGUCCCAGGGUUUCUGAUACCCUUCCUGGUGAGACCUAACAUUUGACUUGGUUGGCCAUCUUGGCCCACAUCCAUAUAGUGGAUGCUCACUUUGAAUAUUCAGCAUUCGAUUUUGUGAAUUAUUUCCCCUAAAGUCCAUUAUCUUGUUCUCUCCCACAUGACCAUCAUUUGCUUGUCUACCCACUUGAUUGUUCUUGGACUUGGAAGAUCUUCCUGAAGUCUGGCUCUUUACCUCCAGCUUCCUUCCAGCAGAAUUGUAUCCCUACACACUUGUAGUUUCCACAGUAGACUCAGCUUUUUCACAUCAAUACACUCGGCCCUCACACCACUUCCUGGGGAACCUUAUUUUUAAAGAUAGUCCAUUGAGUCAAGAAAUAUUUAAUAUCUGAUAUGUGCAGAUAAGUCCAUUGAGUCAAGAAAUAUUUAAUAUCUGAUAUGCACAAAUAAGUCCAAUGAGUCAAGAAAUAUUUAAUAUCUGAUAUGUGCAAAUAACUAGGCAAAUUUCUAUAUACUUAUCCCCCCAAAUUUGUUUUUUCAAUUCUAUGUGGCAUUUUUUCAUUCUUCACACUAAUGUUUAAUUAUACUGAGGUCACCUUUAUACCUAUUCUCUUCCUCCAAAAAUGCUAAAACAGAAUGAAAUAAUAGAAACAGCUAAAUAAUGGAAAUAAUGGAAACAGCUAAAAAAUGUAAUCAUCUUCUACCCAUUGCAGUCCCUUAAUGCUUCUAACUCGUUAUCACUCACUUUCUGUUUAGGCAUGUUCCCAGACAACUCAUUCCACUUUGGGACUGCACUGAUGUUAGAAAAAAAAAUUCCCUCCUCCAUAGUCUUACUUCUGCUCUAAACUCUCCUUCCAUAGUCUUUUUGGGGCUUCCCUGGUGGCUCAGAUGGUAAAGUGUCUGCCUGCAACGUGGGAGACCUGGGUUCCCCUGGGUCGGGAAGAUCCCCUGGAGAAGGAUAUGGCAACCCACUCCAGUACUCUUGCCUGGAAAAUUCCACAGACAGAGGAGCCUGAUAGGCUACAGUCCAUGGGGUUACAAAGAGUCAGAUACAGUUGAGCGACUUCACUUUCACUUGCAUAGUCUUUUGGUGUUUUGAAGAAAACACCUACAUCCCUUACAUUCUCUUUAACAUACUACUUAACCUCUGGACGUUCCCAUCUUGUCCAAAGAGAAGGCCAUUAGAACCAGUCUUCAUACACUAAAUGCAAGAUUAGGGACAGGGAAUCCCCUGGUGGUCCAGUGGUUAGGACUCCAUGCUCUCACUGCCGAGGGCCCAGGUUCAGUUCCUGGUUUGAGAACUGAAAUCCCAUAAAUUUCACUGGGGGAGAUCAUUUCCCAUUAGAAACCACGUUUUCCCAAGAGAUAAGCUAUGUUCACUAAAGACUCCUCCAGCUUGAUGGAUUCAGAGGAGUAAGAUUUCCUGGUCUUUUAUCACCACAGUUUAUCUCUGGAACUUUUUUUAUAAAGGCCACACAUUGUUCAGCUGACUUCUUUAGUCAUCCCAAAUACUUUCAGAACUCUUGGGUAGACGCAUUAUAACUCCAGAAAUGUAGCUACAUAUUUUCUGAUAAUCUUGAUUAGAACAUCUGGAGAAUUAACCAGUUUAUCCAUUAUAGGAACAAUUUGGAAUGAGAAUUUUUAUUUCUUACAAAAAAGUUUGUCUAUUCUUUCUGCCGCUAGUAUACUUUUUGGGCCUCUUACAAGAGGUCUUACAGGGUCUAAUAUUGGGGAUUAGGUUUCCUUUCUGUAAAUAUGUUAUAUAUUUCAAAUACUUAGGACAAGGCCCGGCACAUAGUGGAUGUUGUAUAUGUGUGUGUGUGUGUGUGUGUUCAGCAAAACAUCCUCUGUGGGUUAUGGAGGUCUUUGCAAGGUGUGCCUUAAAAUUCAUGUCUUGCCUGAUUUUGUUUGCGUACUUUUGUAGAGUCCAUGUUCUUUUUACCUUUCCAUUUUCUUAUGAAAGAGGACCUUUCUCCCCUACAGUGACGUUUCUGGACUUUGCCAGUAAUCACCAGCUUUUCCCAGAGCUGCCAUCUUUCAUUCUGGGCACAUUUUUCCUGAGAUUCCAGGAAGACUUGCAACAUUCACGUUUUUACUCUAGAAUCUUAUAAAUUUUCUGCAUUUACCUGAAAAGCUCCCCUGUGGUAACACAUUUCCCACUCCUUCAAAAAUAUUUCCCAAGAAAAGCUUACCUUGGGUCAAAAGCAGACCAUUAUCUUCUCCUUUCAUCUUCAAAUCAGACUUCUGAGCAAGAUAUUCUUUAUGGCAUACAAAUCCAAUGGAUCCAAAAAUCUCUUCGAUAGGCAUCUUGGGUACUUAACCUGCCCCCCGCCCAGGUCUGCCAGCAGUCUGCAAUCAAACAUGAACAAAUUCUGCUGCUAAUCAGAUUCUUUUCUUUUGACCUGGUUUCUGAGGUCUUUUAACCUGUGCAAUGAAAUUAUUUAUUGUUUUAUGACAGAAUACAGUGGUGUCCCACAGAGGAGCCAUCGAUGAGAAAUGGUGCUGUGAUAAGGAAGUAAUAACUAGCAUUUUAAAACUUGGUUUCCUUUUAAGAAAGUCUAAUAUACCUAUAAUAAAGGUUAAAGCAAUUUGUCUUAUUCUGCAUUCUAGCAUUAUUAAUUUAAAAAUAGCAGUUCUAACAAAAAUGCAUCAAUUGACUUUCUGAUUCUUGUCUAUCAAAAUAAACUGUAUAAAUUUACAACCAGCAUUUUUUAAAAGUUGUAUAAAUCUUCUUUUUCAAAAAAAUUGUUAACAAGUGAAAAUGAAUGAGAUGGCACCUUAGCAAUUUUUGUUUUAAGUAAUAAAAAUUUAUUUUCAGCCAA